AUGGAGUCCAAUCCAUUCAUUGUCUCUUGGUGGCCUCUUGCGCUUGCAGACCAAGCACUGUUUCAUGUGUCAUUACAGACCGCAUCUCUUUACGAGGAGCUGCAGGCGCAGAAGGGGUUCCCGAUUUCAGACCUCCUCAUGGUCGAUUCGAUUGCCUUGGUGAGGCGAAGAAUCGAAGAUUCAUCAUUGGCAUUUCAAGACGAGACGCUGGACUCUGUGGUAACGUUGGCUGCUAUUGAGCAUGGAAAGGGCAAUAUCGAAGCCAGUAGAAUGCACAUGGAUGGAGUCAAAAGAAUGGUUGGCAUCAGGGGCGGAAUCGAUGAGCUCAAACAGAGAAGCCCGCUCACGGCGAGAAUGGUUUCAUGGGUAUCUAUGCUUGUCAUGGAAGCGCCUCAAUUCCCAAUCAAAGACGACUCUGGUCAUGGAGAUGGGAUCAGCGCAAUACCGCAGUGGCAGCUGGCUUCGGCAGACGCGGAGGCACAAGACGCGAAUCUGGAUAGACUAAACAUCACACCGGCCAUGAGCAACAUCUUGUCUCGACUCAGGAACAUCUUUCAUCAUUCAUGGCACUCAAGCUUGACCAACACGCAGCUGCAUGAUCUAACCUGUUUUGUUAUGCACAAAUUGCUGCUGCUGCCUCCAUUCCUCGAUGCAGAUGCAGAUGCAAACCAGGCGCAAUCGGCCGCCUCUGAGAGUCUCCGAUACGCGACCGCACUUUAUAUGCUAAUCUUACAUGGCACCACAUAUUAUUCCCACGUUGGCCUAGCCAAUGCCAUCAUUCUUCAGCUCAAGUGCCAUCUGGCCGCCCUGCUGAGAAAUGAUCAUAUCCACGAUCCACUAGGGAUCUGGGCUAUUUCUGUCGGCAUGGCGGCCACUGUUGGCACCAGGAACCACGAGUGGUUCACGGAUCAAGCGAGCGUGGCUGCAGCAGCUCUCGGCUUGAAGACAUGGGAGGAUGUUCUCACGCAUCUGCAGAGCAUCCUCUGGGUAAGGGUGCCACAAGAGGAACUUUUCCGCCAGCAGUGGGAGCAAGUGUUUAAGAUGGCUGCAAAAGGAGGUUAG